AUGGACCUAAAUGAGAAUAAGUGUGUGGUCAUGCAGUUCACACGCUCUUCACAGAUGAACUGUUUCAAUUACCAUAUUGGUCUUCAAGGUCUGCAGUCUGUCAAAGAGGUCCGCGACUUGGGUGUUUUCUUCACAUACAACCUUCACCCUGGCGCUCACAUAUCUCGCAUCUGCUCCAAGGCCUACUCCGUUCUCGGUUUCAUCUUCAGAGCCACCAGAGGACCAUUUUCUCUUACCACCAUUAAAUCUCUCUAUAUGACUCUCGUCCGCUCAAUUCUGGAAUUCAACUCAACUGUGUGGUCCCCUUACCAACUGGGAUUGGUUAAUGAACUAGAAAAAGUCCAAAACCGAUUUCUUAGAUUGAUCGGAGUCAAGAUGGGUUUUCGCUACACUGAAGUUGACAUCAACGAGAUUUGUCAGCUUCUUAACCUCCCGCCGUUGCUUCUUCGAAGAGAGUUGAUGGACGCAGUAUUCCUAUUCAAGCUAGUAAAUGGCUCUUUGGACUGUCCUGAGCUGCUGGGAAAGAUUGACUUCAAUGUCCCUCGUCAUUCCAGACAUCAACAAUUGUUUAAAAGAGAUCACUACUCCACCUCUUACAUUCAGCACAGUCCGGUACCUCGCUUGAUGCGCACAGGGAACAGCAUCUGCGGAGACGUCAACUUCUUUGGCCGCAGUGUCUCCUCCUUCAAGUCCGAAACGAGUGCCGUACUCAGAAGAAUGCACAUGUAG